AAUAAAUCAGCUGUAUACAAACAACUCAUAUCGCAGAUCUCAAAUAAAAAGUUUUCUAUUCAAUAUGCUGUGAAAUAGUUCAUAAAGGUUUUUUUAAAUAUAAUAUAAAAUUUAUCCUUGAAUGUACGACUUGCGGAAUUAUCUGACCAAAUUUAUGAUCUCGUCUCCCAUUCGCUAUCGGAAUUUGUAAAAUGGCUUAUUUUCUUGGCGAACCCAUGACAGCAAACUACUAUUUAAAGGACUCAAUUGCCUACACAGAGGAUAACGUUCCUGUGAGAAAACUAUGUUGGUGCGACGCCCCGUCUCAGUUGCAGGAGGUCGAAUUGGGCUUCUACUUUGGGUGCUUCGGACAAAUAUUGGAAAUCCACGUGUUUGAGCCCAGAAGUGAAUCAAUAAGAUUUCAUAGUGGCUUUGUGAUCUUUGCUAACGCAACAGAUGCAGCCAAAGCUCUGCUAGCGAGUGAUGACAAAGUGUUCCUAGUGCAGGCCAGUGACAGCUGGGAGCAACCCGAUGCUUACGGAUCUCACCAGGAAUUGGAGCUUGAUCAGGAACCAUCGCCCAUUUUAGGCCUCAAUAACGAUUGCUUGGAGCACAUUAUUCUUCAAUUGCAACUUAAAGAUCAGUUACGGUUCGGCAGGACCUGCCAGCGUUUUAGAACAGUCUUACUAACGGCUACCGAAAGAUUUUACACUUCUGUUGAUUUCGCCCGUUUCAAGGACAUGACCUUAUGGGACUUGCGCGACUUUUUCCAACUGUAUGGAGCUCGUAUAGAGGUCCUUCAUGGUCAAUUAGAAACGGAUCACGCGGAACGGAUGGCUAAAUUCAUAAGCGAUCAUUGUAGCAAUCUUAAAACUAUACAUGUAAUGUGCAGCCCCGAAAUUAGCCUUCACUUGCACGUUAUAUUGGCCAAGGCGUACCAACUGGAGGAACUGCAGCUACAAAACUCAGAGAUCGCCGACGAACCGCUUUUGGAGCUGCAAAAUCUGGUUAAUUUAAAGAAAUUGAACUUGAGCCAGAACAUACUAAGGGGGCGAGUCUUGGUUAAGCUUCCAAUCUCCAUUGAGGUAUUGGAUCUUAACGGAUGCCAAGCCCUAAAUGUUGAAUAUCUUCCGGAGAUUUGCAACCGUUUACCCAAUCUGAGGGAACUGCAUAUAAAUAACAUUGAUACAUUGCUCUUUCCAAUUUUUAAUGAAAUGUUGUUGGACUAUUCUUAUCCAUCGCUAGAGGUGCUCAGCGUAACAGCCAACCAUUGCUCCACUUAUAAGUUUAUCCCCCAACUGCCCAACCUGAGACACUUGAUCAUCUUCAAUGACUUAAAAAAUAACAGAUCGGUUACCAACAAAAUCUGUGAAAAUCUAAUCAAUCAGUUGGUGGAGUACAAGUCGGACCAGCUAGAGCAAUUAGAAAUGUUUGGAUUUGAGUUUAUACCCAGAGAGCAGCUAAUACAAAUAACCACGCUAAUCGGUCUUCGUGUCCUUAUUUUGCCUGACACGGAUUUGCCGAAUGAUUUACUAAGGGAGUUCUCACGUCUUACAAAAUUGCAAAAAAUCAGUUUAAGGAACUCAAACGCCACGGAUCCUUGUUCUCUUCGGCGUCUAACGUAAAAUGAGGACAGGAAAAAUCCAUUCACCCAAAUGAAAAUUUAGUGCGUCGCUUUUUAUUGGUUCAAGGAUUGCUCCCAAGUAUCAGAGAAAGAUAUCUAAAAGGUAAUACAUCCCUACGACUGCUAGUACGCGAUACCUUUAAUUGGAAUUUCUAUUGUUAUUAAUCCCAAACUCACAGUUAAAACAAACUUAUCUUUGUUGUUCAUUUUGAUCAUAUAUUUGUAAUUAUUUAAUAUAGUUUGUGUUUUAAAAA